UCCACUGCGAACGAAGAGCACCAUGAAGGCCGUGCUCCACCUCGCCGUCUUCUCUGUCGCUUUCGUCAUUGCUGCCGCUGGGGGCUUCGGAGGUCUCGGCGGCGGCUACGGUGGUGGCUUCGGUGGCGGCUACGGGGGCGGCCUUGGUGGCGGCUUCGGUGGAGGUCUCGGUGGCUUCGGUGGAGGUCUCGGUGGCUUCGGCUACGGUGGAGGCAUCGGACACGGCUUUGGGGGCUAUGGUGGCCACUACGGCGGCACCUACGCUGGCAGUUACGCAGGCACCUACGCCGGUUCCUACGGUGGCCACUACGGUGGUGGUCACUUCGGUGGCUUCCACGGCUGAGCAGGUGUCAAUCAGGGAUUUACAAAUUUAGAAAUGUACAGAAGAUGCGAAGAAUUGGCUCAUCUCUGGAACCAUCGGCUUAUUUAUUUGACAGGAGAACCAAAUAAAUCAUGUAAUACAAUUGUUGAUGAUAUCUCGAGGUAUUUUAAUAAUACCGCCGGCUUGCAAGUCGAAAUAAAUAUUUCAAGAAACCUCAGAUGAAGACCGGGGUUUCGUGGUUUUUUAGUAUUAUUGGCUGUUAUUAUCUCAAAGCACUCCCUUAAAGGCUCCAAAAAUAUCUCUAGCCGACUAUGAAUACACGCAUUAACGUAUGCUGGCAGCCGGCUGAAUCAUUAGGGCACACGUGAUUGAAACCAAUGCUGCACGUACAUCAAGUCGUGUCUUGGAUGAUGUGACUGAAAGGGACGUGUUCAUCAUGUCAAUGCUGCAAUGAUAAUGAAAAUAAACUUUUGCACAUAGCAUCCAC